AUGGACAGAUCGAUCAUCAAUUUUCAUUUAGCCAAUCUGGAAUACGCAAUUGGAACAACGCUUGAAAAUUCGUCAAUGAAAGAUUGGAAUCAAGAUGAUGAUUACGAAUUGGAUGGACCGCAUUGUAUGGGUAAGUCGAGUUUGUUUCAGAGUUUUUUGACCUUUUCAUUGUUAAGUGUUAAGUGCUUUAUAAAUUUCCUUAUUGACGUUAAUUACUUAUUAUACUAUUUGUCCUUAGGGGCACUGAGCGUCACCAUAUCUUUUAAAAAUAACCACAUUAAAAAUCAUGUUGCUACGCAAAUGAAGAGCAAUUAUCAUAAAUCUGAAAGAACUUCGUCGAAAUUCGAUUGA